CAUUCCCUGGGACCACAGCUGUAGAUGUGAGUGGGAGGCUGAACACAUUCACACCGACAGAGACAGACGGGAGUAAAGCACACGGUUUCAUGAUGCUUAUGCUCGUAGUUAUCGCGGCUGGUUUAGGGUUGGUCGCGAUGAUUUUAAGGCUGCUGUCCCCUCAAAUCAGGAAAUAUGCAGCAGGAGGAAUGUGUCGAUCCACAGCACGGUUAGAUGGAAAAGUUGCCUUGAUCACAGGAGCAAACUCAGGAAUUGGGAAGGAAACCGCUUUGGAUUUGGCCUCUCGAGGUGCACGUGUGAUUCUGGCAUGUCGUGAUGUGGAGAAAGGUGAAGAGGCGGCGACAGAGAUCCGUACACGAGUGGGAGGAGCUAAAGUGGAGGUGAGGGAACUGGACCUGGCCGACACCUGCUCCAUCCGAGCCUUCGCUCAGAGAUUCCUGCGAGAGGUAGAUCACCUGCACAUCCUCGUCAACAAUGCCGGUGUCAUGAUGUGUCCUUAUAUGAAAACGGCUGAUGGCUUUGAGAUGCAGAUUGGUGUUAAUCAUCUGGGUCACUUCCUGCUGACAUAUCUCCUCAUUGGUCUGCUGAAGCGUAGCGCACCAUCACGAAUCGUGGUUGUUUCUUCCCUGGCACAUAAUUUCGGUUGGAUUCGAUUCCACGACCUGCACAGUCAGGGCAGCUACAACAGCGGCCUUGCCUACUGCCAAAGCAAGUUGGCUAACGUGCUUUUCACACGCGAGCUAGCGCGCAGGCUCCACGGGUCAAAUGUGACUGUGAAUUCUCUGCACCCGGGGACGGUGAGGUCAGAGCUGGUGCGUCAUUCUACUGCAAUGUCGCUGCUGUUUGCGGUCUUCUCCAUGUUCCUGAAGACCCCGAAGGAAGGAGCUCAAACUUCUGUCUAUUGCGCCAUCGCUGAGGAGCUCGAGUCAAUCUCAGGCAAACAUUUCAGUGAUUGUGCCCCUGCUUUUGUGGCCCCACAGGGACGGAGUGAGGAGACGGCACGGAAACUGUGGGAUGUAAGCUGUGAAUUGUUAGGCAUCGAAUGGGACUGAAACAUUCAUUUGACACACUUAAUAUCUCUUCUUUUUUCUUAAAUGUUUUCAGUGAUCACUUCUUAUGUAUUUCUUGGUUUAGUUUGAAACACUUAAUCACUCAAAUCUAUGCUUUUAAUAGCACAAUCCACCUUGUUCUGCCUUUUUGACAAUUUUCUCCUAUCAUGCCCUUGUGACAAGCAAGUGAGUUUUUUUUACUCUAGAACAAAUCUGUGAAGAAUUUUGAUUUCACUGUUUUAUUCUGUUUGUAUUUUGAACGUUGCUUUAACUCCCAUCUCAGUAUUCUCACAUGAAGCUGCAUAUUGAAGUCUUUUAUACAGAUGUGCUUUUAACUACUGUGAUACAUUCAUGACCAGAGAUAAAUAUUUAAAUAUAUACAGUGAAAAAAAAAUGUAUCAUUUUUGAAUUUUUCUUUAUUUGCUAAAAGAUACAAAUACACAAGGAAAUGUUGCAAAUGAUAUUAAAGAGAAUUUAUACUAUGA